AUGAACCAGAAGGAGCUUGCUGUCACACUGGAGAAAAGUAUUUCAGGUGAACUUGCUGUCUGUCAACGUGAACUCAAAUCCAACUUAAGGAGGAAGUGUGAAAGUGUGUUUGAUGGAAUAGCAAAGCAAGAAAACCCAACACUUCUCAAUGAGAUCUACACAGAGCUCUACAUCACAGAGGGGGGAAGUGGCGAGGUCAAUAAUGAACAUGAGGUGAGACAGAUCGAGGCUGCAUCCAGGAGAACAGCAACACAAGAGACACCAAUCAAAUGCAAUGACAUCUUUCGACCUUUACCUGGACAGGACAAAAAAAUCAGAACAGUGCUGACAAAGGGAGUCGCUGGCAUCGGAAAAACAAUCUCUGUGCAGAAAUUCAUUCUGGAUUGGGCUGAAGGAAAAGCAAAUCAUGAUGUCCAAUUAAUUUUCUCUCUGCCUUUUCGGGAGCUUAAUUUGAUGAAAGGGAAAAAAUACAGCCUGAUGGAACUUCUUCAUCACUUUUUCAUGGAAACCAAAGAAUCAGGAAUUUCCAACUUUGACAAGUACAAGGUUCUGUUUGUCUUUGAUGGUCUGGAUGAGUGCCGACUGCCUCUAGACUUCAAGACAAAUGAGAGCUGGUGUGAUGUCACAGAAUCAACCUCAGUGGAUGUGUUGCUGACUAACCUCAUCAAGGGGAAUCUGCUUCCCUCUGCUCUCCUCUGGAUAACCUCUCGACCUGCAGCAGCCAAUCAGAUCCCUCCUAAGUGUGUUGACCAGGUGACAGAGGUGCGAGGGUUCAACGACCCUCAGAAGGAGCAGUACUUCAGGAAAAUAAUCAGUGAUGAGAAACUGGCCAACAGAAUCCUCACACACAUCAAGUCAUCAAGGAGCCUCUACAUCAUGUGCCACAUACCAAUAUUCAGUUCCAUAUCGGCCACUGUUUUACAGGGAAUCUUGCUUCAAGCAGAGAGUCGAGAGAUGCCCAGGACUCUGACUCAAAUGUACGAACACUUUCUCAUCCAUAACAUUCUGAUAAAAAAUCAGAAAUUCUCAGAGGGAACCGAGAAAGCGGAGACAUAUUCACAGAUGAAUUCAGAUAAAGAGAUUAUUCUGAAACUGGGGAAGUUGGCUUUUCAACAGCUGGAGAACGGCAAUCUGAUAUUCUAUGAGGAAGAUCUGAGAGAGUGUGGCAUUGAUGUCACAGACACCUCAGUGUACUCAGGAGUGUGCACACAGAUCUUCCGAAAGGACUGUGGGCUGUACCUGGAGAAGGUGUACUGCUUUUUGCAUCUGAGCAUUCAGGAGUUUCUGGCUGCUUUAUAUGUAUUCCACACAUUCAUCUGCGACAAAUUAAAUCUCAUGGCUAAAGAAGAAACCAACAGAAAUCUUCAAAUGUCUGAAGAUACUCCUGCAACCAUCCUCUAUAGAAGUGCCGUUGACAAGGCCUUACAGAGUGAGAAUGGACACCUGGAUCUGUUCCUCCGCUUCCUUCUGGGCCUCUCACUGGAGUCCAAUCAGACUCUCCUACAAAACCUCCUGACACAGACAGGAAGCAGCUCACAGACCAAUGAAGAAACAGUCAAGUACAUCAAGGAGAAGAUCACAGAGAAUCCUUCUCCAGAGAGGUGCAUGAAUCUGUUCCACUGUUUGAAUGAGCUGAACGACCAUUCUGUAGUGAAGGAAAUGCAAAGCUACUUAAACAGUAGUCUGUCCGAAGCCAAACUGUCACCCGCACAGUGGUCAGCUCUGGCCUUUAUGUUGCUGACUUCAGAAGAGGAGAUGGAUGUGUUUGACCUGAAAAAAUAUUCCAGAUCAGAGGAAGCUCUUCAGAGGCUGCUGCCAGUGGUCAAAUCUUCCAAAAUUGCUUUGCUGAAUGAAUGUAACCUCACAGGGAGAAGUUGUGAGGUGUUGGCCUCAGCUCUCAGCUCAAAAUCCUCCCAGCUGAAAGAGCUGGACCUGAGUGACAACGACCUGCAGGAUUCAGGAGUGAAACUGCUCUCUGCUGGACUGGGGAAUCAACAUUGCAAACUGGAGAAACUAAGGUUGUCAUUCUGUGGAGUCACAGAGGAAGGCUGUGGUUUUCUGGCAUCAGCUCUAAAGUCAAACCCCUCCCACCUGAGAGAGCUGGAUCUGAGCUACAAUUACCCAGAAGACACAGGGGUGAAGCUGCUUUCUGCUGUACUGGAGGAUCCACGUUGUAAACUGGAGAAACUCCGUGUGGACCAUAGUGAAGAGUGUUGGACAAAAUCAGCACUUAAGAAAUAUGCCUGUGAGCUCACUUUGGACCCAAAUACAGCACACAAUCUGCUCUCUCUGUCUGAGGACGACAGAAAGAUGACACGGGUGAUGGAGGUGCAGCCGUAUCCUGAUCACUCAGAGAGAUUUGACUUCUGGCAACAAGCGUUGUGUAGAGAGGGUCUGACUGGGCGCUGUUACUGGGAGGUGGAGUGGAAUGGGCCUGAGGCACAUAUUGCAGUGACAUACAGUGGAAUUCGCAGGCAAGGAGAAGGUCAUGAUUGUGGGCUGGGAUUUAAUGACAAGUCCUGGAGUCUCAGUUGUUAUAAAGACUAUUUCAAUACCAGACACAAUAACAUGCCCACCACCAGACCGGUCCCUUCCUCCUCCUCCUCCCGCAGAGUUGGUGUGUAUCUGGACUGGCCGGCCGGCACUCUGUCCUUCUACAGCGUCUCCCUUGGCACACUGACCCACCUUCACACAUUCCACACCAGAUUUACUGAGCCCAUCCACGCAGGGUUUAGAAUCUGGAGUGUUGACGCCUCAGUGUCACUGAGCAAGGUAGAAUAGCCUCCUGUUCCUUUAUGAUGGUCGCUCAUGAAAGAUGUACAUACGUGUUUGACGAUGACAUCUAAUCUAUUAGAAUGUUUCAUUAUCAUUACUCUAUCAUUACUGCAUACUGUAUGUGUUCUUCAAGCAGACUAGAGACACCAUUCACUUUCCAUUCUCAUAAUUUGUUGUGCCUGCCCUCCAAACGAUAAUGAGUCAUUAGGACGUUCCCAGGACGUCAGGACGCUGUGUCAUGGUCCCCUGGAGGUUUUGUCUAGUUCCCGGUUGGUCCCGGGGACGACCCCAAGGAUGUUUAUUAGGACUUUCUUGGGAUGUUGUGUCAUGGUCCUCUGAAGUUCCCUGAACGUUCUCGGGACAUUAUGCCAUGGUCCCCUGGAGGUUUUUGUCUAGUUCCUGGUUUGUCCCGGGGAUGUCACCUGAUGGUCUAGUUCCUGGUUUGUCCCGGGGAUGUCACCUGAUGGUCUAGUUCCCGGUUUGUCCCGGGGAUGUCACCUGAUGGUCUAGUUCCCGGUUUGUCUCGGGGCCGUCACCUGAUGGUCUAGUUCCUGGUUUGUCCCGGGGAUGUCACCUGAUGGUCUAGUUCCUGGUUUGUCCCGGGGAUGUCACCUGAUGGUCUAGUUCCCGGUAUGUCCAGGGGAUGUCACCUGAUGGUCUAGUUCCUGGUUUGUCCCGGGGAUGUCACCUGAUGGUCUAGUUCCUGGUUUGUCCCGGGGAUGUCACCUGAUGGUCUAGUUCCUGGUUUGUCCCGGGGAUGUCACCUGAUGGUCUUGUUCCUGGUUUGUCCAGGGGAUGUCACCUGAUGGUCUAGUUCCUGGUUUGUCCCGAGGAUGUCACCUGAUGGUCUAGUUCCUGGUUUGUCCCGAGGAUGUCACCUGAUGGUCUUGUUCCUGGUUUGUCCCGGGGAUGUCACCUGAUGGUCUAGUUCCUGGUUUGUCCCGGGGAUGUCACCUGAUGGUCUAGUUCCCGGUUUGUCCCGGGGAUGUCACCUGAUGGUCUAGUUCCUGGUUUGUCCCGGGGAUGUCACCUGAUGGUCUAGUCCCUGGUUUGUCCCGGGGAUGUCACCUGAUGGUCUAGUUCCUGGUUUGUCCCGGGGAUGUCACCUGAUGGUCUAGUUCCUGGUUUGUCCCGGGGAUGUCACCUGAUGGUCUAGUUCCUGGUUUGUCCCGGGGAUGUCACCUGAUGGUCUAGUUCCCGGUUUGUCCCGGAAAUACUUAUUUCCCUCAUUAAAAUGCAAAUCAAUUUAUAACAUUUUUGA